AUGUUACUUGAUCUUAAUACAAAAAAGACAGUAACGAGACCCUAUGUAAUGGUACUUCCGAUCACCAAGCAAGUGAUCAAAAUUGUGGAACAAAUGGCACACGACGAGGGCGUUCGUGAUUUGCAUACUUAUCAUUGGAAGAAUGGUGAAAUCAUAUUGGAUGGUGAUUUGCUCGCAGGAGUGGACCCAGAUGAACUGUGGGAUGAUACAUAUAUUCCACGUGAAAAUGAAUACAAAGGAAGUGAUGAGAAUCUUUGUAAUGAAAAGAUUGAUCAAGAUGAAAUUGAUGCUUUACUUGAAGAAGCGGAAGAAUUUAUUGAAAACUAUGAUGAUGAGCACACCAAAAAUGUUGAAGAACAGACAGAAAAACAGGAGUGUUGCAAGUAUUUAUGA